AUGGAUUCACAAGAUUGUGUCCUAACAAAUUCAAAGCAAGAUAUCAGCCAUCACAUAAAGGGUAGCUCCAGUAAGCAUUAUCUUUGUGGCUAUUGUGCAGCCUUCACCAAUAUAGCAGUCACCUUUCCCAUCCAGAAGGUCCUCUUUCGACAACAGUUGUAUGGCUUGAAAACAAAAGAUGCAGUACAUCAGCUGCAAAAAGAUGGCAUUUGAAAUCUCUAUCAUGGAAUCCUUCCUCCAUUAAUGCAAAAAAUGACCACCCUGGCUCUAAUGUUUGGCUUGUGUGAAGAUUUUUCCUCCUUGCUCCAUAGUCACACAAGUGUACCUGAACUUCUGACUUGCAGCAUCGCAGCAAUACUUGCAGGGACUACAGAAGCCCUUCUUAUACCUUUUGAAUGAGUCCAGACUUUGCUUCAGGACUACAAACAUCAUGACAAAUUUACAAACACUUACCAGGCUUUCAAGGUACUAAAAGUAUAUGGGAUUAGAGAAUAUUAUCAGGGUUUGGUGCCUAUUCUGCUCCGGAAUGGAAGCAGUAACAUCUUCUUCUUUGGCCUACGAGGACCUAUCAAACAAUGUCUGCCUGAAGCAACUUCUUACAUCACUCACUUGGUCAAUGAUUUUAUCUGUGGAGGGCUGUUGGGUGCCAUGCUGGGAUCCUUAUUUUUCCCUAUGAAUGUUGUAAAAGCUCGCAUGCAGUCUCAAAUUGGUGGCGAAUUUCAGUCUUUUCCAAAAGUUUUUGUGAUGAUCUGGCUAGAACGUGAUAAAAAAUUGAUGCAUCUUUUCAGAGGAGCCCAUCUAAACUGCCAUCAUUCUGUCCUGUCCUGGGGUAUAAUCAAUGCAACAUACAAAUUUUUUUCUAAAGCUGUUAUGAAAAAUGUUACCUUCCUUUGA